AUGGUAGAUCUAUUAUCAGCUGUCGAAGGUGGUUCACAAGGCGAAGAGUUCCAAAUCGACGCCGAUUUCUGCAAUUUUUCCCACAUUUCCGAACAUCAAAUCGAUGAAUCAGCACUGGAUAUUGUUUGGUAUAGUAAUGUGAUUGUUCUACCGCUGAUUGCUUUUAUUGGAUUGUCGUGUAAUCUACUGAAUAUGACGAUUUUGACGAGUAAUAAGGCGGCUAAACGGAUACCUUCUUGGUGAGUGAUUUGUGGGGUUUUUUAAGAACGGAAAUGGUGGAUUUUGGUGAAUUUUUGAAAAUUUUCGAGACCAAAUAUGCCAGCAAAAAUUCACUGUUUCAAAAUAUUUUCAAAAAAUUUCCGAGAAAAUUCGAGAAGUUCGGCAGGGGCAUUCACAGAAUCAAAAAAAACUUAGAAUUUGACUGAGAAUUUUCUGAAAAAAAUUACUGUUUCAGAAUAUUGUGAAAAAUUUUCCGAAAAAAAUUUAAAACUAAUCGUCCGUUCAACUCAUGUUUCAGAAAUCCAAGUUUCAAAUUAAAAAAUUCCUGAAAUAUCCAGGUUUGUAGCAGAAAAAUAUUCACUGUUUCAAAAUUUUGUCAAAAAAUUGAGAGAUUCAACGACGGUAUUCAGAUGAUUGAUAGAAUUUGACUGAAAAUUUUCUGAAAAAAUUUAUAACUAAUAUGUUCAAGAAAUUCUACUUUCAAUUUCAAAAGUGCCAGUGAAUCAAAAAUUCACUGUUUAAAAAUAUUCUCAAACGUUUUACUGAAGAAUUUGAGAAGCUGGAGAUGUUAUUCUUGCAAAGCAAAAAAAUGAACUAAAAAAUUUUCCACGUCCGAAGUUUUUUGAUUUCAAAAACUCAGAUUUUUCGGUGCCAAAUAUAAGUUCAUUUGAAAUUUCAAAAAUUUACUGUUUCAAAAUAUUGUGAAAAAUUGUCCGAGAAAAUUUAAAACUAAUCUUCUGUUCAACCGAUGUCUCAGAAAUCCCAGUUCCAAAUUCAAAAGUUACUUCAACAUAGAGGUUUUGUAGCAGAAAAAUAUUCACUGUUUCAAAAUUUUGUCAAAAUCUUUUCGAGAAAAUGUAAAACUAAUCUUCUGUUCAACCGAUGUCUCAGAAAUCCCAGUUCCAAAUUCAAAAAUUCCUUCAACAUCCAAGUUUUGUAGCAGAUAAAUAUUCACUGUUUCAAAAUAUUUUCAAUAAUUUUUCGAGAAAAUUUGAGAGGCUAAAGCAACAUCCUUUUGAGAAGUUUUAAAAUUAAUAUACAAAAAAAUUCCAGUUCCAAAUUCUCAAAUUCCAGUGAAGCAAAAAUUCGCUGUUUCAAAAAAUUGUCAAAAAUUGAGAAGUUCAACGACGGUAUUCAGAUGAAGGAUCUCAAAAAUUUCUAAAAAAAAAAUUACUGUUUCAAAAUUUUGUCAAAAUCUUUUCGAGAAAAUUUAUAACUAAUAUGUUCAAGAAGCUGUAACUUCAAAUUCAAAAGUCCAACAAAAAUUCACUGUUUCAAAUAUUCUCAAACGUUUCACUGAAGAAUUUGAGAAGUUUGACUAUUUUUUUAUAGCAAAUCCAAAAUUUUAUAGAAAAAAAUCCACUGUUUCAAAAUUUUGUCAAAACUUUUCUUGGAUAAUUUCAGGUGUUAAUAGAUUCUUGCUCCGAAAAAAAUGUUCAACUUUUUAAUUCCAGGAAUCUCCUCUUAGCGCUCGCAAUUUGUGAUUGUCUAUUCCUGAUUUUCGCAACACUGGAUGUCACUCCUCUAUCAAUUCCAUCCUUGGCUUUUUCGAUCACAUUCAAUCACUAUUAUACACGAGUCGUGCUGUAUAUUCGAACUUUGGCGUCGAUUUUUUAUAAGAGCAGUGUUUUGUAAGUUUUUUGAGGAAAAUUUGGGAUUUUUUGACACCAAAUAUGAUGGGUGAAAAAUUCACUGUUUCAAAAAAUUUAUGAAUUUUUCUAGUGUUUUGAAAUAUGCUUUCAUCUUGUCUCCUGUUGAAAAUUUUGAAAAUUGAAAUUGUAAAAGUGAAAAUUGAAAUUAAACUAAAAAUUGUGGAUUUUCCACGUGGAUUUUUUAUUUUUUUACCAAAAAAAAUUCACUGUUUCAAAAAAUUGAUAAAUUUUUCGCAGUUUCUCGAUUUUUCAUUCAUUAAAAAAUGCGUCCAAAAAUUUAUUCCAAAAUUUCUCAAAGAAAAAAUUCACUGUUUCAAAAAAAUUUUGAAUUUUUCUAAGAUUUUCAAAUAUAAUUGGAGAGUUUUUCCCACAUGAGAUGCAUAAAAAUUAAAAAUGGGCGCCGAAAAUUGUGAAUUGCCACGUGGAUUUCAGGGACAAUUUUUCUAAAAAUUGAUUUGUUUCGCACCAAAAAAUUUCACUGUUUCAAAAAAUCGAUAAAAUUUUCUGGGAAUCUGAUUGUGAUAAUUUGUAAUGGCUUCUGUAUGCUAGAAAUUCAAAUAAUUUUUUGUGGGUUGAAAAUUGCUCUUGACACAAUUUUUUAAAAAUUCAAUUUUUUUCACGGUUUCAAAAUUUGUUUGAAUUUUUCCAGGGUUUUGAAAUAUGCUUUCAUUUUGUCUCCUGUUGAAAAUUGAAAUUUAACUAAAAAUAGUGGAUUUUUUAUUUUUUUUACCAAAAAAAAAUUCACUGUUUCAAAAAAUUGACAAAUUUUUCGCAGUUUCUCGAUUUUUCAUUGAAUUUAAAUGUGCUGGCCAAAAUUUAUCCCGAAAUUUCUCACAAAAAAAUUUACUGUUUCAAAAAAAUUUUGAAUUUUUCUUGGAUUUUCAAAUAUAAUUCGAGAGUGUUUCGAAACGUUUACAACAUGAGAUGCAUAAAAAUUAAAAAUGGGCGCCGAAAAUUGUAAAUUGCCACGUGGAUUUUAGGCAUAGUUUUUCUAAAAAAAAAUUUUUUCAUCAAAAAAAUUCACUGUUUCAAAAAAUAGAUAAAUUUUUCUGGGAAUCUGAUUGUGAUAUUGCAUGCUGGUCUAUGUUUGCUAGAAAUUCAAAUAAUUUUUUGUGGGUUGAAAUUUGUUGCUCUUGGCACAAUUUUUCAAAAUUCAAUUUUUUUUCACUGUUUCAAAAAUUUUCUGAAUUUUUCGAAGUUUCUCCAUUAUUCAUUUUAAAAAUGUGCUUCCCAAGAUUUAUUCCAAAAUUUCUCACAAAAAAAAUUCACUGUUUCAAAAAUUUUUUGAAUUUUUCUAGGAUGUUGAAAUAUGAUUCCGUUUCUUGCUUUGUUUGAUGUGAAAAAUUGAAAUUUUUCUAAAUAAUUGUGGAUUGGAUUUAUUAGCAACAAAAAAUUCACUGUUUCAAAAAAUUAAUUAAAUUUCUGAAGUUUCUCGAUUAUUCAUUAGAUGAAAAAUAUGUUUAUCAAAAUUUAUUCCAAAAUUUCUCACAGGAAAGUUCACUGUUUCAAAAAAUUUACGAGUUCCAAUGAAGAACCCAAAUAUUUCCAGAAUCGUAGUCGCCUUCAACUUCGAGCGCUACAUCUGCGUCGUCCAUCCCCUACGCUCACAUCGACUUAUCACAAAUCGAAAUUCACGCAACGCAAUUUGCCUCGCGUUUCUCAUCUCAUUUUUGUGCUCAAUUCAAUGGCCGCUCGCCUACAAUGUCAACUAUUGCUAUGAGCACAAUUCGCAACAAUAUUUCUAUGUGAUUUUGAAGACGACGAAUACUGCGCUACAGGUGAGAAGUUCGACUAACUUUUUGUUGUUGAUUUUUUCUCGAAUUUCAAACAAUUGGACAUAGUUUGAGAGAAUUGGUGAAGAUCGAAAGUUCGGCUAAAUUAUACGUGAUCCAAAAAUGAAGAAUUGCAAAAAAAAAUCAGAAUUUUUUUAUGAUAAAAUUUUGAAACAGUAAAUUUUCGGGGUUUCAAAAUACUCACAUAAUGAGUCUAAAAUUAGCCUAAGCCUAACCUUAGCCUAAGCGUAACCUUAGCCUAAGCCUAACUUGGGCCUAAGCCUAAAAUAGUGACUAAGCCUAACCUUAUCUUAACUUUUGAACUAAUUGUAAGUCUAAAAUAAGCCUAAGCCUAACCUUAACCUAAAAAAAACUUUAACCUUAGGUCUUGUAAGUCUAAAAUUAGGCCUAAAUAUUUGUCUUUCUCUCAAAUUACCUACAAGUGUAAAUUAAAACAAUGAAAAAAGUUACAAAAAAAGAGUGGGUGUUGGGCAAAGUAAAUUUUGAAACAGUGAAAUUUUCAAGGGGUUUUUUUUUUUCAAAAUUUUAUUUUUCAGAUCUACUACAAAAUCAUGGAUUACGUCACACUUUUGGCCUUUAACAUCUUGCCAAUUUUGGCUCUUUUAUACAUGAAUUGUCGAAUUAUUUUCACGCUGCGAAGAGUUGUCGAUGAGGACACGAAACGAGAGGAUGAAUGGAAAUUUUCGGAUGGUGCGCUGGUUCAACAGGUUAGUCUCAUUUUGAAUUUUGGGGCCAAAAAAUGAAAAGUUGAGCAAUGUAGCAGGUUCAAACUACAUACGUUAGUGAAUCUUUUGAGAGUGAUGAAGAGGAUGAUGUGAGUUUUUCGGUGUUGUGGUGUGAAGUGGUGUGGUGUAGCGAAAAAUUAAUUUUUAAAGAAAAAUCUGAUCGGUUUUGAAGAUUCGAAACCAAAAUAUAUGAGAAUUUUGAAACAGUGAAAUUUUUUUUUUGAAAAUUAAGUUUUUAUUUCUGCCUAAAUUUGCCACGUGGCGUUUUUUUUGCGCGAAAAAUUAAUUUUUCAAGAAAUAUCCGAUCGGUUUUAGAUUAUUGAAAAAAAUUAUAUAGGAAUUUUGAAACAGUGAAUUUUUUUUUGAAAAAUAAGUUUUUAUUUCUGCCUAAAUUUGCCACGUGGCGUUUUUUUUGCGCGAAAAAUUAAUUUUUCAAGAAAUAUCUGAUCGGUUUUAGAUGAUUGAAAAAAAUUAUAUAGGAAUUUUGAAACAGUGAAUUUUUUUUUGAAAAAUAAGUUUUUAUUUCUGCCUAAAUUUGCCACGUGGCUUUUUUUUCGCGCGAAAAAAAUGAUUUUUUAAAAAACAAAAUUUUUGGAUGAUUGAAAAAAUUAUAUAAGAAUUUUGAAACAGUGAAAUUUUUUUCUGAAAAAUUAGUUUUUAAUUUCGCUAAAAUUUGCCACGUGGCAUUUUUUAAGCGCGAAAAAUCAAUGUGCUUUCACGAUUACAUCGGUUUUGACUGAUUGAAAAAAAUUUAUAUAAGAAUUUUGAAACAGUGAACUUUUUUUCUUGAUAAAAAAUUGAGGCUGGAUUUUUUAAAAUUCUGAAAAGUUCAAAAAUUUCAUUUUUUCUUAUAAACUUAAAAAUUAAUAUUAUUGAAAAUCAUUUUCCGGAUUUUCCGAACAUAUUUUCCGGAAAAGCGAAAAAUUGAUUUUUUCUUUGAAAAACCCGGAACAUCCGGAAAUUCGGAAAAUUCGGAAAAUUUCCUUCACAGGGCUGAAUCAUAGCGAAAAAAAAAUAUUUUUUCUGUUUCCGUGUGGUACGGUGCGCAAAACAGAAAGUUUUUGCACACACACAGGAAAAAAAAAGAAAAAACAAAAGUGGAGAACACCAAAAACCGUGCGCACAUGCAAUAAUAUUGCAGAAAGACGCUGCCAGGGGUUGCGUGUGGAAAACUCCGCCUAUUUUUUUUUGAAUUUUCGCAACGAAUUUUUUGUGAACAAAAAAAUAAUUUUUUUUCGCUGUAGAAGCAUCAGUUAUGGAGAAUAGAAGCAUCAGUUAUGGAGAUUUGAAACCAAAAUAUAUGAGAAUUUUGAAACAGUGAAAUUUUUUUCUGAAAUAUACGUUUUUAAUUUCGCCAGAAUUUGCCACGUGGCAUUUUUUGGCGUGAAAAAUUAAUUUUUUAUGACAAAGUACAAAAAACAUCAGUUUUGGACGCUUGAAAAAAAUUAUAUGGAUUCUUCUUGAGAAAAAUAUUCACUGUUUCAAAAAAUCAUCAAAACAAAUUUGUAGAUUGGAAAUUGAUGGAAUUUUUUCUACGAUUUCCGAAAUUCAGAACAAAAAUGUACUGUUUCAGUGAAAUUUUGAAUAAAAUGCUCAUUUUCAAAAACUGAUCGGAUUACGGUUUAUCUCCAAAAAAUUCACCGUUUCAAGAAAAUCAAAUCAAAUCUCAACAUUCUCCAGGAAAACCGCAACAAUCGCACAUUACAUGCAAAUGCGAUGCUGUUCGCCGUCGCAAUUAUGCUAUUCUUAUGCAUCGGACCACAAGCACCCGCCAGAAUUCUCUUCGAUUUAUAUGGACAAUAUCAUCCACACGCCAUUCUCUACACGUGUUUGAGUCAACAAUUGGUUUUUUUGAACGCUUCGCUGAAUUUUGGAUUGUAUUGUGUGGUGUCGAAACGAUAUCGCACUUUGAUGAAACAAACUUUGAAAAAGUUGCUGCAUAAGUUGGAAGGUAAACAUAGUUAGGGGAACUUUUGGCAGGAAGACUUGGAUUUGUGAAAUUUAAAAAAUUGUAUUAAAACAUUUUGAAACAGCAGAUUUUCAUUAUUUUCUUUAUCUUGACUUUUCAAUUCGAAAUUCAGGUUUUAUCGAAAAUUUCAGACCCUACAAAAAUUAAUGAAGGAAUUUUGAAAUAGCAGAAUUUUCAAAAACAUAAAAUUCAAAAAUUCUGAAAAAUUAUAAUUCUUCGGAGCAAAAUUUCCGAAUCCUCUCCAAAAUUCAUGAAAAUUUUGAAACAGUGAAUUUUCUUGAAAUUUUGUGUUUAAAAAAUUCGUUGAAAUUUUAAUGAUAAUUUUUUUGACUUUUAUAUUCGAUAUUCACAUUGUAUCGAAAUUUUUAGACCCUACAAAAAUUAAUGAAAGAAUUUUGAAACAGCAGAUUUUUCAAAAACAAAAAAUUCGAAAAAUUAAAAUUUUUCGGUCCAAAAAAUGCAAUCGCCAGGUUCCAAGUCAUAUUUAGUCUCAAAAAAUCCCCCAAUUUCCCACCAAAACUCCCUCUCAUUCCAGUUGUCGACCGCCCAUUUCAAAUCAGUCUCCGAGCCACCAAAUCCACAUCAGCUCCACUAACUUCGAUGGAAGAACAUCAUGCACAUCUUCUUCUCAAUCAACCCAAUAACAAUAACACUAAUAUCAUUGAAAAUAAUGUAUAG